AUGGGGAAUGGUGAUAAGAGUGAGGAUUUGGUGAAGCACCACAAUCAAAUGGUUAAGGAUUCGAAAGAGAAGGGAAAAUACUACAGGAGUCUGCACAAGAAGGUGCUGGAAUCUGUGACAGAGGUUAGCGAUAUCGACGCCGUAAUUGAGCAAGACGAUGAAGCCCACCAACUCUUUCCGACACUAAACCUGUAUCAUCCCAUCAACGAGUUUGAGCCAUUCUUGGAGAGUUUGGGUUUGAGUCAGACACAGUCAACUUCUCUUGUUCCACAGGACUUGAUAGCUCUGAGUGACGAUCAAGUCUUAUUGGAUAAUUAUCAAGUUCUUUGCGAUUAUGGGUUCCCAAUGAGUAAGAUUGGAAUGAUGUAUAUGGAAGCAAAUGAGAUAUUCAAAUAUGAACUAUGA